AUGGAUCAGCAACGGUUUCUGCAGCAGCUCCAGAUCGUUCUUAACCCUACCCAGGGUAACGUGAAGGAGGCUACCGGAAUCCUUCAACGCGAGUACUACAAGCAUCCCGAAUCGCUUGUCCUCCUCAUCCAGGUUGCAACCGGUCACGAUGAUGCUCAGCUGAGGCAGCUCGCUGCUGUCGAGGCCCGGUCUCUGGUCAGCAAGCACUGGGUUAAGGUGCAGGGAGACCAGAAGCCCGCCAUCAGGGAACAGCUUCUGCGCUCCGGCGUCAGCGAGGCCAAUGACCUCGUCCGCCACUCCGUCGCCCGUGUUAUCUCUGCCGUUGCCAAGGUUGACUUGGAGGAUGGCCAGUGGGCUGAUCUGCCCAACUUCCUCAUCCGCGCUGCCGACACUGGAAACAAGGAUGAGCGUGGCGUGUCUCUGUACAUCCUGUUCACCAUUCUUGAGACCUUGGGAGAGGGCUUCGAGGAGAAGUUCCAAGAGCUGUUCACCCUGUUCGGCAAGACCAUUCGUGACGCUGAGAGCGCGGAUGUCCGCAUCAACACCCUCCUUGCCCUGAGCAAGCUGGCUAUGUAUCUCGACUCUGCCGAGAACAUGGCCCCUGUAAAGGCUUUCCAGGACCUCGUUCCCUCAAUGGUCGCCGUCCUCAAGGACGCCAUCGACCAGCAGGAGGACGACCGCAUCAUGCAGGCUUUCGAGGUCUUCCAGACGAUCCUCGGUUUCGACCCCGCUCUUUUGACUGUUCACCUGAAGGAUCUCGUUGUCUUCAUGAACGACAUUGCUGCCAACACUGAAAUCGACCCCGACACCCGUACCCAGGCUAUCAGCUUCCUGAUGCAGACCGUUCAGUACCGUAAGCUCAAGAUCCAGGGUAUGCGUCUCGGUGAGCAGCUCGCCCGCACCGCUCUGCAGAUCGUCACUGAACUUGGCGACGCCUCGCCCAACGAUGACGAUAUCACCCCCGCGCGCUCUGCUCUUGGUCUUCUUGACAUGCUGGCUCAGAGCCUUCCUCCAAGUCAGGUUGUUGUUCCCCUGCUCCAGGCCCUCGGCCAGUACUUCAACAACUCGAACCCUGACUACCGCCGUGCCGGUAUCAUGUCGUUGGGCAUGGUGGUCGAGGGUGCCCCCGAUUUCAUCAGCACUCAAAUGAAGGAGAUCAUGCCCAUGGUUCUUCAGCUUCUUGCCGAUGGUGAGCUCAAGGUUCGCCAGGCUUCUCUCCACGCCGUUGCCCGGUUGGCCGAUGACCUUACCGAGGACCUCAACCGCGAGCACGAGAAGCUCAUGCCUCUUCUCUUCAAGAACCUUGCCAGCGCCAUGCAGGAGUCCAAGGGCGAGGAGGAAGGUCCUACCGUCGACAUCAUGAAGGCUGGUCUGAGUGCCAUUGAUGCUGUCGUCGAUGGCCUCGACGAGAAGGAGGUUGCUCCUUACCAGAACGAGCUUGUCCCUAUCCUUCACCAGCUCUUCAAGCACCCCAACUUCAGAAUCAAGGGUCUCUCUGCCGGUGCUCUUGGCUCCCUUGCCUCUUCCUCUGGUGAUGCCUUCCUGCCAUUCUUCGACGACUCCAUGCAUCUGCUCCAGGAGUUUGCUGCCGUCAAGGACAGCGAGGAAGAACUUGACCUUCGUGCUAGCGUUACCGACGCUAUGGGUGAGAUGGCUGCUGCCGCUGGCCCUGAGCGCUACCAGCCUUACGUUGAGCCCCUUAUGCGUGCUACUGAGGAGGCUCUCCACCUCGGCCAUCCCCGUCUGAAGGAGAGCACAUACAUCUUCUGGGGUGCCAUGGCCAAGGUGUACGGUGAGCACUUUGCUACCUUCCUUGAGGGUGCUGUGAAGGGCUUGUUCAACUGCCUUGAGCAGGAUGACGAUGACCUUGAGCUUUCUCUUGGUGAUGCUGCUAAGGAUCUCAUUGGCCAGGAGGUGACCGUUGCCGGCCGCAAGGUUAAGGUUGCCAGCGCCGAAGACGAUGACGACGAGCCCGUUGGCGAGGACGGCGAGAUCGAAGACGUUGACGUUGACGAGGAUGAGGAUGACUGGGACGAUAUCACCGCUACCACUCCUCUGGCUCUUGAGAAGGAGAUUGCCAUUGAGAUCAUCGGUGACCUUGUUACCCACUCUCGCAGCGCCUACCUUCCCUACUUUGAGAAGACCGUCGAGAUGGUUAUGCCCCUUGCCGACCACCCUUAUGAGGGUGUCCGUAAGGCUACUAUCAGCACCAUGCACCGCUCCUACGCCAUGCUCUUCUCCAUUGCUGAGGAGACUGAGCAAAUGGCUAAGUGGCAGCCCGGUCUUCCUCUGAAGGCUCAGCCCGCCAAGGAGGUGCAGAAGUUCGGCGAGAUCCUCAUGACCGCCACCAUCAAGAUGUGGACUGAAGAAGAUGACCGAUCUACCGUUGCCGAUAUCAACCGCAACAUGGCAGAGAACCUCCGAUUCUGCGGUCCUGCUCUGAUUGCCAACGAGACCACCCUUCACAACGUCAUCCAGAUGAUCACCGACAUCAUCACCAAGAAGCACCCUUGCCAGCUUGAAUUCACUGAGGAUGAUGAGGAGGCCAGCGAGGAGACUUCCGAGUUCGAUUGGAUCGUUGUUGACACCGCUCUCGAUGUGGUCUCUGGUAUGGCUGCUGCUCUUGGUGAAAGCUUUGCCGAGCUCUGGAAGGUCUUCGAGAAGACUGUCCUUCGCUAUGCUGGCAGCACCGAGUCCAUCGAGCGUGCCACCGCUGUCGGUGUUCUCGCCGAGUGCAUUAGCGGCAUGGGAGGUGCUGCCACCCAGUUCACCCCCUCCUUCCUGAAGCUCCUUGUCCACCGUCUGAGCGACGAGGACCCUCAGACCAAGUCCAACGCUGCCUACGCUGUCGGUCGUCUUGUCGAGAACUCUGACUCGAACGAGCUUAUUAAGGAGUUCCCUACUAUCCUCAGCCGUCUUGAGCAGUUGCUGCACCAGGACGUCUCUCGUCUCCAGGACAACGCCACUGGCUGUCUUAGCCGCAUGAUCCUGAAGCACCGCGAGGCCGUUCCCAUCAAGGACGUUCUUCCCGUUCUGGUUGGCAUUCUCCCUCUCAAGAACGACUACGAGGAGAACGACCCUCUGUACCACAUGAUUUGCCAGCUGUACAAGUGGGAGGACGCCACCGUCCGCGAGCUCACUCCCCAGUUCCUCCCCAUCUUCCAGUCAGUUCUCCUCGGUGAUGCCGACCAGCUUGAGGACGAGCGCCGGACCGAGCUCACCGAGCUUGUCAAGUGGCUGAACCAAAUGCAGCCCGGUGCUGCCCCUUGGGCUGAGCAACUGUAA